AUGCAGGGAUCAUCUUCGCUCCCAGCCGCCCUUGGCAGCGGCAAAUGGAUUGCAAGCUUCCUCGCAAAGAACCGCAACGACGAUAACAUCUAUGCCCGCACACAAUCACCUCGAGCUUCCCAGAAUGAAGUCAAAUUUCAGGAACUCUACCAGAAGGCUACAGCCGAACUACGCACCGUUUUCCGCAGCACAAAGUCUGCUGAUUCCGAGUUGCACGCCAGCAAAGCUCUGAAAGAGAACCCGAAGAACACACAGAAACAACAGAAAAAGCCAACUUGGGCUAUUCUGUUUGACACAAAGUACGGUAACAAGCUUCACAAGCGUACCCGUUCCGCCCCUACCAACACCCACGUACCUCAUGUGCUGGAGACUAUUGGCGAGGAGCAAGAAGAUCAAGAGUCUUCCGCCCUCAAGUCUUUGGUGAAGGCUGCUCAAGAGAGCGAGCAAGACCCCAAGACUAUUACUGUCACUCCCAAGACUACCACUCCAACCCCCCAGAACUCUAACGAACACGCUUCCCAAGAUGCGGAUAACGCUUCUAUUCAUACUACCUGCACUGUUAUCAUCCAACAGGCCACCUUCAACGACGAAGAGGAAGUUCGUGUCAACAAUGCACAGAACCAGACAUCUACUUCUACUGAUGCCCGCAAACCCAAGACCGUCAGCUUUGACCUUCCAUCUUCCAAAGAAUCCCGCAAGAAGGCAAGCAGCAUUACUUCCUCUAUCUUCUCUUUCAUGGAAAAAGUUGUCAGACUCGGAAAGAGUUCGUCAUCUAAGAAGUCUACUAAACCUCGACUGGAGCCCCGACUCGAGCCUUCUGGUUACAAAAAAACUAUGGAUCGUCGUCCUAUUCUCAAGUGGAAUCUUCCCCAAGAAGACAACGCUAUGGGUAAUCUAAUCAGAGACUUUUCCGGUCCUCUUACCCCCCCUGACAGCCUCGACACCUCUACCCCUACUCCCUCUAAUUGGCUAAGUCGAAGCAUCACCAACGUAUCUGCUUUCGACAAUUCUGUUGAAGACCUGAUCCCCAUGCCGGCCAAGCGCCCAACCUGGGCACGACCAAUCUCCGAUAGCGAGUCUAUGCCAGACUUUGACGAUUAUAAAAUCCGUAACCCUAGACUCCGACCCAAGUACAAACUUGUCCGUAAAAAGGCAAAGACAAAGGCAAACGAGGGUACGUUCAACAUAUAUACUUGCCCAACCCGCACUGACAAAAUCCCAGAUGACUCCACAAUCAUGAGCGAUGAAGAAGCUCACACUACCCCCGCCAUCGAGACCGAAGAUCAAGCUUAUGAACGCCAUCAUGCAUGCAUCCAGCGAGUCAAAGAGCUGUACGACCGUAAUGGUAUUGACCGAACUGGCAAAUUCCUUGAGUGGGAGUCCAAGCAGCGCGAAGCAGUUGAGCAGCGCCAGGUUCGUGAGAUGACUGAGGAUUUUGAGCAGCCCCCUCAGAACAUCCAGACCGAAGACAAGGAGGAGAACGAGCCUCUUCAUUCUGAAACAGUCGUUGAUGAGAAGACUGCCCCCUCCCAAGACGACACUCAACAAGAAGUGAACGUCAACAAGACAUCUACCCAAGAACCCCUUACCCAUGAAUCCUCUGGCGAGGAGUCCUCCGAUCAGAAGUCCCCCGACCAGCAAGUCACUGCCCUCGAUGCUACUGCUGCCAUCCCCAACAAUGAAGUCACUUCAACUGACGCUACUGUUGUCGUCUCUAACCAGGACCCUCAAGACGAGCAACCCGCCGAACACGAGCCCAACACCGGUGCCGUUACAGACGACACUGCCUCUACUUCUACCUGGGAGCACAACGAGGACAUCCACUUUCCCCUCGGAGCACGUCUCACCGAAGCUGCCAUGGUAGAGCACCAAAACGAAGAGUACUCUGCCUUUUUCAAGUCUCUCCAGAAAGUCCGAGAGAAGAGCCCCGAUCGCUUCUGUGGUAAGACUUCUGCCUCUUCUUCCCCUCUGUCAACAUCGCUAACUGUCACAGGUCGCCAAGGAUCGUUCAGUGUACGCGCCUGGCUUGACCAGACCUACGACAAUGAGAAUGAGCUGGUAAAAGAGGACCCUACGACCACUCUCUCCCACGACCUCUCUUCCACUGUCGAAGAUGAGGACGAUGACGACACCCUUUCUGAUCUUGGCUACUAUCCCACAAAGGAAGAGACUGAUGCUGCUUUAUCCCAUCCCAACGCCCCAAAGAUUCUUGGCUCAACGCCCCAGGAAGCCAGAGAGAUUUGGAACAAAGAGCUUCUAUUCUACAACUUGGCCAGGCUGAAGAAGGAGGAGCUCCAAUCCCAGGUGCAUUUUUCUCUUGCUCGUAACGAAAUUAUUGAAGACGAGCACGACCGCGCAGACCGAGUUGCUUACCUCUACCUUCAGAAGAAGAAGAAGAAGAAGAAGGCGCAGGAGAAUGAGAUCGAUCGAUCCAAGGCGGUUCAGAUCCGUCACGUACGAAAAGUCUGCCGAGAAUUUGAGCAGGCGCUUCAGGAGGUCCAGCGCCGUGCUGCCCUGGCCAACAAGGAGGCCAGCGAUGCUAAGAUCUGCUUGAGAUACCUUGGACGAAACUAUGAGGCCAUGGAGGAGAGCAUCCAUCAGUUGACCGAGACUCUAGGGCAUCAACGUGCCAACAACCUCGUUGGCGCCAUGGAAUUGGUGAGGCAGACCGAGAGGGAAGAGAAGAUCGACUACAGCGACAUCGAGCGCUUGGAUCUUGCUGAGCCGGAGAGCCCAGACUCAUAUGGCGCCACCGAGUUCAUGGCGCGCGAGGCCCAGGGCGACAACAACGUCGGCCCUGAGGCCGAGGAUGAGGACCCAACUGCUAUCUUUUUUUAA